AUGGACAAUAAACGUGAAUUUUUACUUAACUUCAAAGGCUAUAAUUUUGAAAGAUCUUUAGUUAAAAUGGACAUAGUGGAAAAUAUGGACAAGCAUGAAAUUAGAGACGAUGAUGUCUUCCUAGUCACAUAUCCAAAAUCUGGUACUGUCUGGACUCAGCAGAUCCUCAGCUUGAUUUAUUUUGAUGGCCACCGAAACGGCACUGAGAAUGUAUCAACAAUUGACAGAGCGCCAUUCUUUGAGUACAAUAAUCACAAUUUGGAUUUUGCUAAAAUUCCAUCUCCUCGCAUCUUUGCUUCCCACCUCCCAUAUUAUUUAGCACCAAAAGGUCUCAAAAAGAAGAAGGCCAAAAUUCUUUAUGUCUACAGAAAUCCUAAAGAUGUUUUGACUUCUUAUUUUCAUUUUUCAAAUUUGAUGACUAUACUUCAAGCUGCAGAUUCUAUAGAAGUUUUUAUGCAAACAUUUCUAGAUGGAAAUGUGGUAGGGAGCCGUUGGUUUGAUCACAUAAAAGGCUGGUAUGAACACAGACAUGACUUCAAUAUCAUGUUCCAGAGCUAUGAAGAUAUGAAGAAGGACCUUAGAAGCUCAGUGCUUAAAAUCUGCAGUUUUCUGGAGAAAGAACUGAGUGAAGACGAUGUGGAUGCUGUGGUGAGACAAGCUACAUUUCAGAACAUGAAAUCUGACCCACGAGCCAAUUAUGAAGACGUAAAAACUGAAAUUGGGGCAAGAAAUGAUGGAGGAUUCCUCCGAAAAGGUACCAUUGGAGAUUGGAAACGUCACUUGACUGUGGAGCAGAAUGAAAGAUUUGACAUGAUAUUCUACAAGAACAUGAAGAACUUUCCCUUAAAGUUCAUCUGGGAUAUAAAUGAGGAGUAG